AAAAAAAAAGAAAAAGCUAAAGAAAACUAGCGGGGGCGUAAAAUAGUAACCGAAAUAAGGAUGCGAAUAACCUCUUUUCUUUUUUCUACUCUUCUUCUUCACUUGAACAUUUUACUUGUUUUUUUUUUAUGCAGAAUAACAUUAAAUAUAUCCAAACAGAUUUAGCCUAUAACCAAGACGUAAAUCGACAUAUUGAAUCACUAAGAGCAAGAUUAGGCUUUGCUAAAUUCAAAUUGAAUAAUGGUUGGGAGAAUAAUACAUUACUGGAUGUAGAAUGUUUAUGGAAACAAAAACAAAAACAAUUGAUAAAAGACAUACCAAUACCAAGAUUUACACAGCAACAUAUCAUUGACAAAUGCAUUCACAAUAAUCAUCAUCCUAGCCAAUAUAAAAGAUCAAGAUUAUUGAACAGAUCAUUAUCAAGUCCAGUCACUUCUCCAAAUGAUUUAAUGGAUGAUGAUUUUACAGAACGACCAAAUAAAAAGUACAGGAGAAAAAGUAGUCAUCUUACUCAUACUACCAGUACUACCGCUUCCAUAGCAACCGCCAUGCCAACUUCACCCGCCAAUAUCCAUGACAAUGACAACGCCAUGCUCAAGACAGACAAUCGCCCUAUCAAAAACUCUCUAGACUUUUUAUCUUAUGCUAUUGCAAUGACCGAAAAGGAUAGACAGCAGGACAAUCAAGAAGAUGAUCAAAAUUGGACAAGAACAAGUCAGUUACGCCUGUCAUUGUCUAUUCCGAAUUUGCUAGUAGAAGACAAAAAUCCUGAAAUAUCAUCUACUACCAACAGCAUUUCUUCUUCCUCUACAGCCACAACAACCACAACAACAGCAGCAGCGGCAGCAGCGGCUCAUGCUAUGAUGAUGUUUGUCAACAGUAAUCGUUCAAGCACUUGAUUUUUUUUUUUCUUUUUAAGGGGAAAAAGGGGGAUCCAAGCAAAUUUUGUAUAGUCAAUGUAUACCUUUUUGUAUAUUAAAUAAAUUUUCUUUUUUUUUUCUUGCAG